AUGGCUCCUUUACAUUCGAUGCUUCAAGCUAUCUUACUUCACAGCAAGUUCCAAGUUUCUUUUUCACGCCUUGCCGCAAAGAAAGUUGUUCCAGAUCGAUAUGAAGAGGAUGAAGAUGAAUAUGAGGGAGAGACUGAAAGAAUGCAAGAACUAAGUAUUUAAGCAGUAAGAUUUAAGCACUAAAGUCGUGGUAGAAAUGUGCCUUCAACAUCCAAUCAUGUAUGAUACACGUAAAAUUUUUGAGUUAGUUGCAUGCUCGAAACUCUCAAAGUUCUUUGUACAGAUGCUGCAGGACAUCUGCAAUUAA